CACAGUCACAGCGGAUUUCUUCACCUGCGUCAGUCGUCGCUCUGGCUGGUGAGGACGUCCUGCUGCCGUGUCGUCUUCAACCUCCCAUCAGCGACAGUUCCAUCACCGUUGAGUGGACCAGACCUGGUUUGGACCCGGGGUACAUCCACGAUCACCAGGUGUAUCACAGCCAGAACCCCGGGUAUCAAUACCGCACCGCUCUGUUUGUGGAUCAGCUGAUCAAUGGAAACGUCUCCCUGAAGCUCUUCAGGGUCAAAAUGUCGGAUGCAGGAAAAUACAGAUGCUUCCUUCCCUCGUUACAGAUGGAAUCCUUCGUCCAUCUCUCUGUGGCUGGUUUCAGGUCGCUGCCAGGCACCAGUGACCUUCUGGCUGUAGCUUCUAACAGUCUUCUGCAGUGGAGGCUUCGAACAUGGUCCACUCUGGUUCCACGUCCCAAAGCUCCUCAAGGAUGCAAGAGAAACUCUUCCAGAGAUAAAGCUGAAGACCUCAGGAGCCUCCACCAGACAUUCCCAGUUCACCCUCACGACACGUUUGGGUUCACCAGUCACGACCCAAAUCUUGUGGCCAAAGGUGAGAGUUGGGACAUAGAUGGACUGAGCGUUGAAGUCAACCAGGAGAACUAUGGAGUCCCCAGGUGGAACGCCUUCCAGGAACCACCCAGAGACUCUAAGAUGGCCAAAUACUCUGACCUGCUGCUUGGUUCUGCCUCCUCACCUGAGAUCAGUUUAGCAGGACUCGACAGAAGCAGCAGUUCAGUGGUGCUGCAGUGUGAGUCUGCAGGCUGGUAUCCAGAGCCUGAGCUGUUGUGGCUGGACGGUGAGGGAAAGUUCCUCUCUGCUGGACCUCCAGAGACAGUCAGAGGUCCUGAUGACCUCUAUACUGUCAGCAGCAGAGUGACUGUGGAGAAGAGACACAGCAACACCUUCACCUGCAGAGUCCAGCAGAACAACAUCAACCAGACCAGGGAGACAAGGAUUCAUGUUCCAGGUAGAACUAAUGACAGAAAUGAUGCGUUCCAGCUGAGAACAGUUAAGGUUUGGGGAUUUGUAACUGCAGUGUUUUCAUGGUUUCAGAUGAUUUCUUCGAGGACUCGUCUAACUGUGCUGCUUCCAUCACCUUCAGUGUUUUCGGCCUCAUGCUUGCUCAUGCAGUUGCGUUUUUUAACUGGAAACCAAGGCAAAACAAAACCAGAAGAAAUGGAUCUGUUCAGCGGGUUUGGAUUCUGGCUGUUUGUCCUCUACAGCCUCCCAGUGACUACAG